GGUCAAAAGGGGGAGGGGGAGGACACACACGCGCACACACACGCACACACACACACACGGAAGCAUCCUCUGCUGAUGUCAGACUCCAGUCAUGUCGACCCUCCUCAGCACCAUCAUCUUCAUGGCUGUUCCUUCACAGACGUGUCUGACUGAAACACUGUGUAGGUGGUAACUGGAAGCUGCAACUCCACAUUUCUAAAGCUAAUUGAUGAUGGAUCUGUUCGGCCGAGGAGAGCUGGGGCUGCUGGGGGGAGGAGAGGGGCUCAGGGAUGACGUGGGGGUGUCUGGGAUCAGCUGGACGGCCAAUCGGCUGCCGGACGACAUGUACCCGGCGUCCGGAUUGGCUCUGGCCGCCGCCUAUCAUGACAUCAAGACCCGGCUGGCCAGUCUGGAGAGAGAGAACAGCAGUAUUAAGAGGAAGCUGAAACACUACGAGUUUCCUAUGAUCAGUGAGUUCGGAGAGGAGAGGAUCUUGUGUUGUUCCUGUGAGCCCAUCAUCAAGGACACCAGUGUGAUCCAAUCAGAGACCACCAACCUGCAGCAGAGGAUCAACUCCCUCACUCAGGAGCUCCAGAAGAGUAAGGAGAGAGAGGAGAGGCUGGAGGAAGUCAUCCAGGCGUAUGAGAAGAUUCACUUGGAGAAAAGCAACGUCCAGCAAGACCUGGACAAGAUGACCACUCUGGCCGAGCAGCAUGUGGAGAGGAUCCGGGGCCUGGAGUCGGCUCUCCGACAAAGAGAAAGUUCCCUCCAGAAGCUCAGCGCUCAGCUACGCAGCAAAGACUCACAUCAGUCACAGCUCCACGCCAGCCUGGACGUUCCCAGAGAGGGCCGUGGGCCGACGCUGCAGAGCUCCAGGAGUCUGGACGCCCUGUCGGACCUGAAGCUGCAGCGUCUGGAGGCCGAGCUGGAGGGGGCCCGACACCAGGCCGAGGGGGCCUGUCAGAGGGAGAAGGAGCUGAGGGCCGAGCUCCAGAGGCUGCAGCAGGAGGUGGAACAGCUGCAGGAUGCACAGAGACAGCUCUGUGUCCGCCAGUCCCAGGACUUGUCUCCACACUGUGAGCACUGCGACGUGGAAUGGAUCAAGAAAGCUGGAGAUGAGCAGGUGAACCUGGCGUUGGCCUACACUGAGCUGACCGAGGAGCUGGGUCGUGUUCGAGGUCUGGCUGCUAAACAGGGUGAUCUUCUGCGUCACGUUUCCCAGGAGCCUGUCUCUCGCCCUCCCACGGCUCCUCAGCGUCUCUCCCCCACCUCCCCCCAGCGCCCCUCGCUCUCCCCCGACAGACUCCUCCCCACCCCCUCACCCCCUCUGUCUCCUAAUGACGGCCCCGCCUCCUACUCCCAUCAGCCAACCAGCAGCCGUCUUCGGGCUAAGUUCCAGGGUCGCCGUAGUUACUCAGAGGUAACCGACCCGUCAGCCGUCCAGAGGCCCCCGGCUCGCCUGCUGAGGGACCCGGUGUCCACCCUCCCCAAGCCUCGGCCUCUCCUCGGGGAGACUUACAGCCAGAACAAGCCUCAGCUGAGGGCCUCCCUGGUGGGUCUGGUCAGACCGGCGUCGGCCCACGGAGCUGGAGGGGAGAGAGGGGGAGGAGGGGUAGGAGAGAGGGGAGGCGGCAGCAGCCUGAGCAGCAGUCCUCAUCACCACGCCCUGGACCUCAGCUUCCCUCUGGCUGCUGAGGUCCACCACUUCUGUCGCCUCGACGACCCACCGGACCCCACCCCACUGGUGACGCCCCCACAGUCCUCUGACGACGAAGAGGACGUGUGCACGUAUCUGUCACCGGCUGCCAGCCCGCCUCGGACGCUCGGCGCCAUCGGGAUUGGCUCCUCGUCACCUAGGGAACAGCCCCUGCACCCCUCGUUCCCGUCUCCUAGGAAACAGCCCCAUCAUCCCUCCUUCUCGGCCCCUGAGGGCCCGGCCACCCUCUCCUGCCAUCUGCCUCCCUACAUGAACACGGAGCAUGCUCAGUCGUGGCCGUCUAUUAAUCUAUGGAUGGAGUCUGAGGAGAACGCUGUUCGUAGCUGUCCUCUGUGUCAGCUGACCUUCCCCACCGGUUACCCCGACGACGCCCUCAUCAAACACAUCGACUCCCACCUGGAGAACAGCAAGAUCUGACUGUCUUCUUUUUUACUGGGCAUUUCUACACUCACUUUCACCUGAGACGGGCACCAGACUCGUCUUGUUGGUUUCUAUUUUAGUUUUAUCCAGGAAUGAUCUUUAGAGCUGCAUGCGUCUUUCAGGCCGUCUACAGAACCAUCCAGCCAUCGUCUUCUGGAUCAGGGGUUGCAUGCUGUGGGUUCAUUCCAGCCAAACUGAGGGUUAAACCAGCCACUUUCCACAAACAAAACCAGUCUGUGUUUUACCCUGCAGCUUAGAAAUCUCUUCGUUUUUGCUCACCAACGGCACCCAAAACCUCACAAAGCACCACAUCCAGAGUUCUGCAUCAGACGCAGGUUUUCCUCUUUUCUCAGCCAAACGUGUUCAUUUGUACAUAGAAGAACGAGGAGAGGACAAUAGAGCUGCAACAGUGGGAAACACUGAUGGCACAGACGGCAGCAGCUGACGCUCAUUUGGCAAAGUCACAUACACUGGUUUGAGAUCAGCCCUGGAGAAAAGAACCUGGAAGCAUUCAGAACAUGCAACGCCUCAGGCACUCGUUCUCUCCAAAUGCAAAAAAAACACCUGGAUGUCACACAAGGACACAGAUCUGUAAAGAGACGAAGACUAAAAUCUAAAAGUUUUCUGCAAGAAAUGAAAGAAAAUGAAGCGUACUUGUGAUGUGAGGACAAAGAAUCACUAUAAUAUGAUGUACAAUUCUGACAGCUGGUUUCCAAAUAUGUAAAAGAAGCGACUGAGCGUAAACAGAACUAAUCCUCUGAUUAGUGCAGAUUCAUUCUGCAGCACAGAAACCUAAAAGUGUGAAAUGCUCUCAAGGUUAGAAUGUGUUCAAAUAACAAAAAUGCACCUACUGCCAUCUUCUGGUGUGGACAUGGAAGUGCCUUGUUUAGAACACAGCUUCAAAAUAAAACAAACUAAAAAACAUCCACGACAUCUUUUCCCCAGAACUACUCACAUCACCAGCUUAUAAUCAUGACUUGUAUUUAAAAAUGUGGAAACAUAUCUCAGAAUUUCUAAGUUCUAUGACCAGAUUUCUUCUUUUUUCCCGUUUUUAAUAAUGAGAAGGUGCAUCACAUGUACAAGAUUUAUUAAUAUCUAUAAUUCUGACUGAUUUAUGACAUGUCUUAAUGUUUUACAGCACAUGGUAAUUAUUAGAGUUUUGUUUCUGUAAUUGUGGAAAUGUUUCUCACAAUUAUGAGAUUAUUAUUAGCCCAGUUUUCUGUGUAGAUUUUUAUAAACAUUCAUAACACCAACAUGUACCAUUCUGCUCCUGUAGCCAAAUCAAUAGGAAUCAACCAGAAUCAUCAUUUAAAGCUGAAUGUAUUUUACUGUUCUGUCUCAUAAGACAUUACACUGGGAGCAUUCCUCACUCUUGGCUUUCCGUUCUGUGUUUUGAGGGAAAUGCAGCUUCAGUUUCAGCCGUUUGUUGCUGAAGCUGCAGUAAAAUGCCAGCAGACCGCCCUGAACACGUCAGCUCUCAUCUCCAUCACAUCUGCGCUGAACAGACCCGGACUCGUGUUGAAAAACAUAUUUUUACUCUUAGCUGUUACUGUUCUAUGGAUGAAAGCCAAACUUACUAAGCAAGCAAAAAAAGGCAGACAGAAUCCAGGAUUACUGGAGAAGAAUAAAACCCUGUUACCACAGAGUGAGUCAUUCCUGGGAUGUUUGCUCCAGUAGCAGCAGGUCCAGGGUUCUCCUUCCUCCAGAACACUCUGCUGUGGACGGACGGACACUAGCUGCAGGAAAACAGAGCGGACAAGCUUGAAUUCCAGCAGAUUGACUGAUCUGACUGCUCCUCCUCCUGUCCAUCACUGCAGCACAUCCAGCUAGCAUCUGGAGAUGGAGACACUGGUUCCACUGGUUCCACUGGUUCCAGUUUGACCCCUGAGUGUCUCAUCUAGUUUGUGUACAUGCACUGAUGCAGUUUAGCUUAGCAGCAGCUGUGACACAAAUGACUCCUAUUCUUUGAGUGGCCUUACUGCUGUAGAGCCGUGCAGGUCUGAAGUUCUGUUUUCCACAAUUUUAAAACAUUUCACACUCAAUGGAUGAAGGAAAACCCCCUGAUCCGGUUCAAACAGGCAGAUGAAGCUAGUAAGGGGCCUUUGAGUUGGAAUGUUUUUCUGUGAGCAGUGACUCGUUAAAUUUUAAUUAUCUUUGAGAUGUCUGGGAUUUUUGCCUCCACUCCAGCUGAGUUCAACAAAAGAUGAGUUUAUAAAGCAUUCUGUUGGAAAAAAACCCCAAACAUCUGGAAGAGGAUCAGAUGUUCAGGGUUAUAGAUCCAGAAUAAAAGGACAGGAGUCUGAGAUAAAACAUGAAGUAACCCAAGAAAUGAAAGCACAAAUUCAAAAACUGGUGUUCAAACUAGACUAAGUCUUAGCAGGUCUGAAGUUUCAGCUGAAUGCAGGCAUGCUGAAACAAUGCUGGCACUGAACACAAACUACAGCCCAUAUUGGUGCACAUUAAAUUUAUUUUUUUAAGUAUUGGACAUCAAAUUAAUAAUUGAAUAAACUGCAACCUAAAAGAAUUAAUCUUGAAGAGGACACGCCUUUCAUUUCUCUGGUUAAAUGACCUGCUGGAUAUCAGAGUCCCAGGAUUCAUCUUCUGGCCACAAUCAAUGUCUGGAUUAAACUUGAAUUGCAAGACUUUAAAUGGUUAAGAUUAUUGAACUGGAUCAAAGCAGAGAAUCAGCCACCCAGCAGACUGACAUUAAACCAUGCUGCAUGGUACAGAUGCUGAGCUUCCAUUAGGUUGGUAUGGUAAGAGAAUGCUUCAUUAGACUACUGCUAAACGGUUUUAAAACAAUUAGAUCUUUUGCUAAAAUCUUUAGUACAAAAUACACACUUUCUGUGCUAUUCUUUCUAGUCUAGAACAUGCAUCCAAAAACGGUUAACAGUUUGUUCUGUGAAUUAUUUAGGAACAGUUUCUGGGGAAAAUAAGUUGAUGCUGCCGUUUUAUUUAUUUAUCUCCUUAAAAUGUCAGAACAUCCCACUGAGCUCCAUCACAGCUCUCAGUCCAAGUAGAGAGAGACUAAAUGAGACUAAAUUCAAAAAGCAGCUGAACAGUGUGAGCGUUCACUAGCAGAAAACUAAUAUUCAGUUCAGGCUAACAGACGUCUGUCCGCUGUGACUGCAGCUGAUGCUCUCUAAGAAUGACACUUUGUAAACUAUUACACACAUUUCUUAGCUCAGAACUAUUCAGAACCUGCUUCACACAUUUCAACACAGAUCUAAAGUUUUCAUUUAAGGGACCAAAAUGUCCAGAAUCAGAGCUGGAGUUUGGGUGGAGGCAGAAGUUUGAGACCGUAAAACUGAAGCCUUUGUGUUCAGUUAACCUCAGCAUGCUGAUGUCGCCACCUGCUGGAAGGACAAGGAAACAUCAUCUGCAAACAGCUGGACGUGAAGCUGUCUCCAUGAGGACUAAACCCCAGGAAGGACACAGAGUUUUGAACAUGUGGUUGGACACCAGUGUACAUAGUAAACAUGUAUGUACGAUACCACGCUAACUGAACUGCUUUAUUGUACAUAGAGUACAGAUACUAGGCUCGGGCUACAACAGGAGGAAUUAUUUCAUGGAUGGAAAUGUUUGACUGUCACUUUAACCUCUCUACAGGACCUCUUGUCAUGUAGGCGACAGGUUUUACUUUUUCUUUUUCUAUGGUGAUGUUUCAUAUCAUUUAGGAUUCUGGGUGUUGGGUCACUGCUCUCUUCAACUGAGGCUUCAUUGACACUGCAGCUGAUCCCAUCUAAGCCGACUAAAUUAAUUAAAGAAAUCCCAUAUCGACCAUUUCAAAGCUGAAACUUUACAUUUGUCAACAUCACAGGUCUCUCUGGAAACAUCACAGACUAAUGAGUAACCAGAACUUGGUUUCUGUGUCUUCAUCAUAUUCUGAAUGCAGACAUUCAUGCAAACAUGAAACAGAAGCCUAAAGUCAGGACCUUCUCCAUACCAACUGAGCUGCAGUGAGGAUGGAGCCUGAAACAGCUGCAGAAAAGUGAGAGAAAGCUGGUCACCGAGGAGAGAUCAGUGAAUCCAGGACUACAGGAAGUCAUUUAAUCACAAAUGUUUAUUUUCUAAACUUUCUAGCGGUGUAUUGGGUGACAGAUGGAGUUCUACUCAGUUCUUUCCACAGGUUGACUUCAUUGCAGACUGUAGUUGUGUUUCUGAGCUUCACUGACUAAUAUCUACUUUGACAAAUGUAUUCUGCACUCGAUUCUUUUAGGUUUGUUAUAUGAGGGUUUGAACGCAGCCAGCAGGGGGCGUCGUUUGUUUCCCCCUUGCUGUUGUCCUGGAUACCUCACUGUUACUCCACUGUUUACAACAUCAGCAGGAAAGCAGAGUAAAGGCUUUUCAACCAAUAAAUCGUGUUAGAACUGUG